AUGGGCGACUGGAGCUUCCUGGGAAAACUAUUAGAGAACGCCCAAGAGCACUCCACCGUCAUCGGCAAGGUCUGGCUGACGGUGCUGUUCAUCUUCAGGAUCCUGGUGCUGGGGGCCGCGGCCGAGGAGGUGUGGGGGGACGAGCAGUCCGACUUCACCUGUAACACACAGCAGCCUGGCUGCGAGAACGUCUGCUACGACCGGGCCUUCCCCAUUUCCCACAUCCGCUUCUGGGUGCUGCAGAUCAUCUUCGUGUCCACGCCCACGCUCAUCUACCUGGGCCACGUGCUGCACAUUGUGCGCAUGGAGGAGAAGAGGAAGGAGAGGGAGGAGGAGCCGCUGAAGGACAGCCCACCUCCGGGGUCGGCCGCGCGGGGCCAGAAGGACCCGCCCCCUGUGCGGGACGACCGGGGCAAGGUCCGCAUCGCCGGGGCCCUGCUCCGCACCUACGUCUUCAACAUCAUCUUCAAGACGCUGUUUGAGGUGGGCUUCAUCGCCGGACAGUACUUUCUGUACGGCUUUGAGCUGAAGCCGCUUUAUCGCUGUGACCGGUGGCCCUGCCCCAACACGGUGGACUGCUUCAUCUCCCGGCCCACAGAGAAGACCAUCUUCAUCAUCUUCAUGCUGGCUGUGGCCUGUGUGUCCCUCCUGCUCAACAUGCUGGAGAUCUACCACCUGGGCUGGAAGAAGCUGAAACAGGGCAUGACCAACCCCUACAGGCCAGACACGCCAGGGUCCAGGGGGAGCACCUCGAAACCCGGGGGCGUGAGCUCCCUCCCUCUGCCUGCCCUCUCUGCCCCACCCACCCUCACCAUCGGGUUCCCACCCUACUACGCUCACUCUGCCUCUUCCCUGGGGCAGGCCACAGCCCCUGGCUACCCCGAGGCCCCCCCACCGGUAGCCGACUUCAGGAUGGCGGCCCUGCCUGGAAGUCCCAGCAAGGGCCACCCCACCAGCUUCCACAACGGCAACCAUCACCUGCUAGCAGCCGAGCAGAACUGGGCCAACCAGGAGGCUGAGCAGCAGGCGGCUGCCGGGAAGACCUCCCCGCCGGUGUCCACGCCUGCAUCCCUGACCCCUCCGGGCAGCCCCCAGCAGCCCCCCGAGGAGGGCGGAGCAGGAGGCACAGAGCCUGUGGUCCCAGAGAGCUCGGGCAACGGCCAGUGGGGGCCAGCGGUGACCGCUGUGGAGCUGCAUAUGCCCCCUCUGCUCCCCGCGGACCCCGGGCGGUCGAGCAAGGCCAGCAAGUCCAGCGGCGGUCGGGCCAGGCCGAGUGACUUGGCCAUCUAGUGGUGGCCUCUCCUGACAGCUCAGUCACCUUCCUUUUAGCAACCAAACCCAGGUGCAGUUCAGACCAGCGGGUAGAGAGCCUCACUUGGGAGAGGGUGCUGGAGAGGGAGGCGGGUCUGCGUGUCAGUGCUUGCUGUUCUUAAGGCUGUGAGGAAGUGGGGAGCGCAUCCGAGGGGAGGGCGGGCCUUCAGAGAUUCUCCCAGCAGCCCAAGGGAGCCUCGGCCUCUGCAGGUGCUGUGGUCUGGAUGGUCACUGUUCUGCAGAGGGGAGUAGGGGCCUUUCGGGGCAACCAGGUUCCUCUCCCUGCGCUCCUCAGAGCCUCGGGCAGCCCAGAAGUCUAGAUGCUCUUAGCCUUAUCUCUGUUUGAUACUUUAACUUAGAGUUGAAUUUCAUUUGGGCUAUUUGCCAACCUGCACUAAAAAAAGAUUUAGAGCAAGUCCAUAGGGUGUCACCGAGUUUCUGGAAUUGCAUGUGAAGCCCAGGACGUCAUGUCGAGUGACAGGAAACAGCCCACCUCCCGAGGCAUACCCGCAGCGGGCAGCCGAGCCACAGGCGCUGCUGCCGGGAGGCCGGGCAGGAGGCGGACAUGGAGACGAGCUUACGUGGCGAGGAAGCCUGUCCAGUGCGGCAGCUGUGCCUGAGGUGUUUAUUUCUAAAACGCUGCUUUGUGCUUUGAUCUGGAUUGUACAGGCAUGACUAUUUUCCCCCACUUUAUAUCUUCCAGGAGAAAAAGAAAGAAAAUAGUAUUAAAAUGGAUACUGACCAAGAGAAUGCAGAUUUGUCCCAUGACAUACUAGCAAAGAUUUGAACCUUUAUUUGAAAGAAAUUCUCUGACUUUAUGAGUCGGCUAAUUACUCUGAGACUGUUCUACAUAAAAUAAAAGCAGGGGAAAAUUCUUAAGUGCAUUUCAAAUACUUGAAGUUGUGAAGUUUUUGAAUGGGAGGUUAAAAGUUAACUACUGUUGCCAGAAAAAUUAUUUAUACAGAUGAAUCAACGACCUACCUUUUUUUAACAGAACAAAAUAAAACUCCUCAAGUUUC